AUGCAGGGCUACCAUGCUGGCCAGAUGUCCGAGAGUUUUGAGGUCAAGACAGGAGUUCGACAAGGAUGUUUGCUGUCAUCAUUCCUCUUCCUCUUGGUUAUUGACUGGAUCAUGAGGACUACCACAUCAGACAGGAACAAUGGUAUACAGUGGACACUCCUGACACAACUCGACGAUCUCGACUUUGCCGAUGACCUGGUUCUCCUUUCGCACAACCACAGUCAGAUGCAGGACAAAACAAGUCACCUUGUAACAACAUCAGCAGGAACGGGACUCAAGAUCAAUUUGAAGAAAACAGAAUUGAUUAAGAUCAACACUACUGUCCAAUUACCAGUCACAGUUAGUGGCGCAUCUUCAACAUCCGAUGGCCUGAAAAGAAAAAAUGAAGAACUAUGGAAGAGAGCAGGGCAGGAACAUUUAGACAUACAAAUCAGACGAAGGAAUUGGGGCUGGAUUGGACACACCCCAAGGAAGCCACCUUCCAGCACCACACACCAGGCCCUGACCUGGAACCCGCAGUACAAGAGAAAGACCAAGAAACACCCGGAGGCGUGA